AUGAGUUGGACAGCUAUCAAUGCAUUUACUCCCCCAGGCCAAGAGCCUGUCACCAUCACCACGCACUCCACCAUGCACCAACCGCCUAACACCACAACGCCGGUUGCGCCAACCGUUGGUGAUCCGGUGUCCCGAACGAUGUCUCACAGGCCCCAUGGUUCUUCUUCAACCACGCAUCGACCAUCACGGAACGCAAAGGAAGUCGAAACUUAUAAUCUCAGACAACUUUCCAAGGCUUCUGUUAAUGGUGUUAACAAAGUCAACGCAACAAGUGCCAAUGGCCAACCGCAAGUUGUGGAGCCGGGGGAUACGCUUUGGCCGAGGUGGACGACUUUGCAAACGAAGUGUCUGCGAAGGUGGAAUCAUACAAGGAAUGCCGCCUCCUUUAGGCAGUCCAAAUGCGCGUGUGCGAACAAUUGCGGUCCGCAAUGUUUGAAUGCGAGUAUGGGCUUCGAUUGUAGCGACUAUAACUGCGACGUGGGGAAAAGCUGCGGUAAUCGAGUAUUUGAUACCAUGCUCCGGAUGGGGAAAAUUCGCUUCCGACUUGAGCUCAUCCAGACUGACAAGCGAGGAUUUGGUAUCCGUACCAAGGAGGCGAUACCAGGCAGUGCGGUCAUCAUGGAGUAUAUCGGCGUCCUCACAGAUAACGAAACCAAGGGAGAUUACGUUUUGUUGUUCGACGAAGGCUUUGUGAUCAACGCGGACAGCGCGGGUAAUCUAGCCCGGUUCGUCAACCAUAGCUGCAAGCCAAACUGCAAAGUAAUGAAGCGGGUGGUGAAAGGAAAGCCGCGGAUGGCCCUGCACGCAAUGGGACCUAUUUCUCCGGACACGGAGUUGACAUUCGAUUACCAUUUCACCUCCAAUGGCGAGUCGAAGGCUUGCCUCUGUGGUGAGCCUGUUUGCCGAGGUACGCUUGAGAAGCCUCCGCGAGACAAGAGACAACAAGAGGGCCGAAAGAGGCAAGGAACGAAACAAAAACGACUGGACCCGAAUAUCGAGGUGCCUGGUACCACUGUGACGAAGGCUCCUAAGAAACGCAAACAAUUUGAGAGCUUAGCUCGGAAACCCUACAACGACAAGGCGGCUGACCGACCAACCUGCAAAAAAAUGGCCAUUUGCUCAUCUUGCAAGCAGCACGAUCCCUUACGGCGACGUAGAGGUGUGAUAUCAUGGGUCUUUUGCAGUGGAUGUGGUUGGAAUCAUGUGACUUGCGUUGGCAUGUCACGAGACGAUUGUCGAAAACUUCCAGAUCAAUGGUAUUGCCAGAAGUGCAGCCAACAAGUGAGCCCAGUUGCGCACGCCGGCACCGAAACACUCCAAGGCGGGAACCAGGGAUCCCCGCAAUAUCAAGCUACGCUGCCCCCCCCCGCCGCCGCCCCUGCCGCCAGAGAUGUCGACGGUCAUCCUUCUCACGCCGACGGGAAUAGUCUCACUCUAAUGAACUUGACCAUGGAGUUCGAGAUGAGAACAUCGGAAGGCAUACGCCUUUGGCGGCCAAAGGAAAGGUUCGAAUUGAUGACGCUUGGGACCCUCCUUGAAGGGCUCAAAGAACAGCUCAAACAGCUUAAGGUUGAGGCCAGUCUGAACACAUUCGAAUGCCACGUGGAGAGUGCGGAUGCGGACUCUAGUUUCCAGAAGGUCACUUUCGCAAUCCGUUCCAAUGGUGCCGCAGACUUCGACCAUUACAGGGAUCGCACCUUGCGAAAGAUGCAUCACCAAACGCAAACGGGCAUCACAGCAAGGCCAUUGGUGUUCAAGGUCAAGAUCGAGAAACAUAACAGCCCCAACCUGGAGGCUGGAGCGGGUGUGACAACGCAAGAUGGCUCCCUCUUUGUGCAACGAGCUGGCCACGAGUUGCCGAAGCGUGCUC